AUGACCCCACAGCAACGGAUGCUGUCUGUCUGUUUUUUACUGGUCUCAGUUUUUGGGACCGGUGGAUCAGUGACAACAAAAGAAACUCAGAAAUUUACUUGCAGGACGUAUGGCAGUGGAGUCGUCCAGCCCUUCAAAGGCCUGGGUUACUACGUGAGGUCCAAUUGCCCGUUCACUCUCACCCGCUUCACCCACAAUCGUGUGGAAUACGACAUCACCAUACGGCGAGGAGACAGCGGGCUGCUGGUUCAAGUCGAGAUCACAAUGAACAAAGUCCGGACUGUUCUGCAGAAUGGAAGCAUCCUGGUGGAGAAGAAAAGUGUCUCCCUUCCAUACGAUCACACCUACCAGCAUAUUUUUCAGUACGGCAUCUACACUAGACUGAGGAGCUCAUUGCUUCCACUUUCUGUCACCUGGCAUAGUGUACCUGGAGGAAUAGACAGUUUGUGGGUGGAGCUGCAGCAAGAGCUGAGCACUGACAUGACUGGACUGUGUGGAAAACACAACGUAACAAGCAACAAGCAGCAGCUGAUAACAGAGAGCAAGCUUACCCAGGAAACGUGUCAAACGCGAGAUCCUGUCUUUGUCACUAACCAAGUAUGCAGAAACUUCUUUUCUUACACUUUGGAGUGUCUGCAAGUUAAAACACCAUUUUAUAUCCAACUCUGUGAAGAGAACAUUUACAGCUUUGAAAACAGCAAAUACGUUCGCUGUGCUUUCUUCAAAGAUAUUGCCCUGCACUGUGGAAACAACAGCUAUGUGUGGCAGAAAUGGAGAGCUAUAACCAAAUGUGCUGAGCCGACGUGUCCUGGAGACCUGGUUUAUAAAGAAGAGGGUAAUGCAUUUAUUCCCAGCUGCUCCAACCCUAACCCCAGCUUUUCCAGCCAGGCUAUCACCAGCACUUGUGUCUGUCCAAAGGGUAAGGUGCUUGAUGAUCACGCAGAAGACUUCCGCUGCGUGAGUGUGCCUAGCUGCCCCUGUGUCUUCUCUGGUAGGACUUACUUAACUGGAGACAGACGUAACACUAAGUGUCAGGCAUGUAUAUGUGAUGGUGGAGGAUGGAAUUGCUCAGAGAAUUCCUGCCUAGGCAGAUGUGACAUUGAAGGGCAAUUUGUAACAACAUUCGAUGGCAAAAAAUAUGUUGUUCCUGGUAAAUGCACAUAUGUGGCCUCACAGGGCUUAAACUGGACAAUAAAUGUUGGAUUUUCUGGGAAGCAUGCAUCUAUACAAAUAGUCAUUCUCCAGAUUUUCCAGGAAAUGUACACAUUCACACGCAGCAUGGUUACAUUUGAAGACCAAGAAAUUACUGAACUUCAUCAGUCUGAUCAUGCCCUGGUUUUCUGGCAGUCCUCUAUGUAUGUUGAAGUCCAUACAUCCUUUGGUAUGAAGAUCCAAGUCCAGGUGUCUCCUGAAAUCCAACUUUACAUUACACCACCAGGAAAACACACAGGCACGAUUUCAGGUCUCUGUGGCAACAACAACAAGGACACCACAGAUGACUUCACCAGCAGCAGCAGGAUCAUCGAGAACUCACCUGAACCUUUUGCGCUGUCCUGGAGCGUGGGCCGUUGUACAGCGAACAUACCGCCAUCCUGCAUUAAUACCGACAACGAAAUAUUUGCUGAUGAAAAGUGUUCGGUCUUGAACAACCCAGCUGGGAUAUUUGCAAAGUGCCAUGGCUACAUCCCAACUGAUCAGUUCCAUACGGCUUGCAUCCUAAGAACUUGUAACUGUGGUACCAAUUUGGUCCAGUGCUUGUGUGUUGCUCUGGGCAACUAUGCCAAAGCAUGUGCCAGUCUUGGAGUUGAACUUGGUGACUGGAGGAAGGCUACCAACUGCUCACUGACAUGUGAAAAGAACCAAGAGUUCUCCUACAAUGUGCGAGCUUGCAACCAUACAUGCCGCUCCCUGUCUGCUCCUGAUCCUCGCUGUGGGCAGGAAGACGCUCCCGUGGAGGGCUGUGGCUGCCCAGAAGGAACCCACCUGAACCAAGGACAAAUCUGUACACCAAAGACUGAAUGUGUAUGCCAUCAUCACGGCGGUAUAACGCCACCAGGGCCUGUUGUUAUCGAUGGACGACAGUGCAACUGUAAGAAUGGAGAACUGCAGUGCUCCAAGGACUGUGGCUGCAGGAAUAGAAAGGUGUGCGUGCACUGCUCAGAAUACCCAGUUAACACAGCUCAGAAAACUUGCGACAGUCUCAGCAAACCACUGGUUGCCAGUGUGACUUGUGAGAGUGGCUGUUAUUGUCCUCAUGAUCAAUAUGAAGAUCACCAUGGAAACUGUGUAUCAAGGGACAACUGCACCUGUGUCUACAGUGGUAAAGUCUUCAGGGCAGGAGAGACUGUUAAAACCAACUGUAAAAAAUGUGUCUGUGGUCAGGGUCAGUGGGACUGCAAAGACGAGCCGUGUCCCGGGACAUGUCAAGUCUAUGGAAAUGGACAUUAUCAGACCUUUGACGCUAAAUGGUAUCGCUUUGGUGGUCACUGCCAGUAUACACUUGUAGAGGAUUACUGCAGAAGUCAAAACGGCACCUUUUCUCUCCGAGUGGAGAGUGUGCCCUGCUGUGAUGAGGCACUCACCUGUUCACGCUCCAUCAUACUGGACUUACAGAGCAAAGUCACCCUUAUCCUGAAUGACAUGAGAGUGACCAAGCAAAUCCAAAAAGGCUGGACUUUGCAACAAGAUCCACUUUACACAAUACACACAGUGGGACUCUAUAUCAUAAUCUCAGUGCCCAGCAAAGGUCUAACUCUAAUAUGGGACAAACACACCCGGAUCACCGUAGAACUUCAUCCAGACUGGAGGAACAGAGUGUGUGGCCUCUGUGGGAAUUUUGACUCCAAUGAGCUGAAUGACUUGCAGAUCAGUGGCUCAGCAGUGGUUUCUAGUCCAAUGGCCUUUGGCAACAGCUGGAAGGCAGCAACUCCCCCUUGUACUGAUGUGACCACUGAGAUAUUUCCAUGUGAACGCAAUUCCUACUGCUCGGCCUGGGCCCAGAGGCGCUGUAUGAUCCUUAAAGGAGGCACCUUCAAAGACUGUCACUUGAAAGUGGAUCCAGAGCCCUACUACCAUGCCUGUGUGCAGGAAUCCUGCUCUUGUGAGUUUGAAGGGAAAUUCCUGGGUUUCUGCACAGCUGUGGCAGCUUAUGCAGAGGCCUGCAGUGACCAGGACGUCUGCAUAGAUUGGAGGACGCCUGAUAUGUGCCCUGUCUACUGUGACUACUACAAUGAAAAGGGCCAGUGUAGCUGGCAUUAUGAAGCCUGUGGUAGGAUUCUGACCUGUGGCAAAGACUUCACUCAGAAGCUGGAAGGCUGCUACCCCAGAUGUCCAAAGGAAAAGCCAUACUAUGAUGAGAAUACUGGUGAUUGUACCACAUUGAGGAACUGCUCUUGUUAUUUUAAUGACACGACUGUACGACCUGGACAAGUGGUGAAAAUAAACUCUUUUGAAUGCUCCUGUGAAAAUGGAACAAUUAAAUGCCCACUUCCGCCCACAACUACCACCACACUAAUAACAUCUCUCAAAACAACUGCUUCAACUACAAGUGAAACAACAACUACUACUACUACUACUACUACUACUACACCAGUGAUUACCACUACCACAGUCUCAACUACCCCUGAAACAUGGUCGACACCCACUGCUACCUCUCUACUAACUUCAUCUACUAGUAAAACAUGGUCAACAAUGCCCUCCACUUCUGCUGUAUUAACAACUCCUGUGCCAACAACUACAGCUACUUCAACUACUACUGUAACAUGGUCCCCCACCACCUCUGAACCAAACACUAUGACUACUUCAAGUACCAGCGAAACAUGGUCAAGAAUGCCCACUACUACAUCUGCAGCAACUACUAAAACUACAACUGGAACCACAGGGUCCACCACCACUGCUACAACAAUGGUGACUUUUACCAGUGAUCCAGUGACCGGUCUGACAGCAAUAAGCACAGAAGUUCCCACUGUAUUUACUACAACCACCCAACCUACUACCUCCCACUCUGAAUCAACAACAUCUAAAUCUACGUCGCCACUGAUAACUAAUACUGUGACAACGUCUGGACAAACAGAAAUAACAGAAACAGGUGCUACAACAAUGGGAAACCAUAGCACUUCAGUAGGCACCACAACAUUUUCAUCUAUUAAUACAGAAUCCACACCCGAAAUUAACACAGGACCCCCAAUCACAACAACACCACCUCAGAACAACUCCCAAGUAUUUCCCACAACAUUUGGAACACUUCGGCCAACAAGCACGUUUGCAACCAAUGCAACAACUACUGUAACGUCAGCACCAGUCUGUAGAUGUGUAGACCUGAAGAGUAAAAAAAGCUGGAUUUGUGGGGAGACAUGGUCAGAGGACUGCUUUGAUAAGCACUGUGUUGGUGGAAAGAUAGAGUUGACCCCAGUGGUUUGCCCAAAGUCUACAGCUCUGCCCUGUCCCAGAGAACGGGCCGUAAAGGUCUCGGAUGGAUGCUGUGAAACAUGGAAAUGUGACUGUCACUGUGAGCUGUUUGGGGAUCCCCACUAUGUUUCUUUCCAAGGAAUACCCUUUGAUUUCUUGGAUCAGUGCUCCUACAUCUUGGUGGAGGAGCAGUCACCACGUCAUAAUCUGACCAUUGCUGUGGACAACUUUUAUUGCGUGCCUGGCCUGCAAGGCUCCUGUGCCAAAGGACUCAUUCUGAAAUAUCAAAACAAUGUAGCUGCGCUCAACAUCAACACACAAUUGUUUGUAGUACAGGCUACACUGAACAAUGUGACAGUCCAACCACCAUAUGAGGAGAAUGGUUUUAGAUUUGAGACCACGGGGUACAUGGUGUCAAUUCAUCUCCCAGAGAUUCGUUCUUAUGUCUCCCUCACUCCAUCCUAUACCCUGGUUGUGAACCUGGCCAUGGAGCAUUUCGUCAAUAACACCCAGGGACAAUGCGGUGUGUGUGGUGGAGCAUCGUGUAUUCGUAAAGGAGGGCAGAUUGAGGAUGACAGCUGCUGUGAUAAGACGGCCUAUGACUGGGUGUAUCCAGAUCCUCUGAAGCCUGCCUGUAAUUCUGCACCAAGGGAUGUACCCUGUCUUCCUGGGCCAACCUCAGUACCUCCUCCCCCACCUCCGCCUCCCUGCCCUCCAAACCCAUUAUGUGAACUUCUACUCCACCCUGUCUUUGAAAACUGCAGCAACUACGUGGAUCUAAACCUUAAAAAGAAGAACUGUGAGUUUGAUUCAUGCAGGAACCUAAAUGGUUCUUGCUCAUCUCUGGAGCAAGCUGCAGGAGAAUGUAAAAGCUUUGGUUUCUGUAUUGACUGGAGAGGACUGACUAAUGGAACCUGUGAUGUGCCAUGUCCAGAAGGAUUGGUUUACAGAGAAUGCAGCACAAAGUUGGAUGACUUCUGCUAUGGAGGCGUGCGCUAUCCAGGAGCUUUGCUUGAAAAAAAAAGCACAGGUUGUUUCUGUCCCAGCAACCUGACCAGAGCAGGAAAUCACUCAAACAUCUGUUUGCCUGUUUGUUCCUAUUGCAAAGGACCAAGUGGAGAACCUAAACUUCCUGGUGAAGUCUGGCAGUCCAACUGCAAACUGUGUAGAUGUAACAACCAGACUAUGACUGAAGAGUGCUUUCCACCACCUCCUAAGCCAGCUCCCCUCUGUGGCCCCAAUGCAGUUUUGAUAAACACUUCCUGCUGUGGUGAUGCGAUUUGUGUUGACAAGACCUGCAGUUAUAAUGAGAAGAUAUACAAGGUGGGAGAUCAGUGGACAGAUCCUGCCCAUCCCUGCAGGUCACUGAAGUGCAGUAAAGACGGCAUUCAGACUGAGACCAAAGUCUGCUCCAAUGAAAGCUGCUCUGAGGAGGACAGAAUCUGGGAUGACCAACACUGCUGCUUUACAUGUAACCAGGGCUGUGCUGCUAGGAUGUCCACCCUCAACAUCACCGUAGAUAACUGCACCACUGUCAUGCAGAUGCCUGUGUGUCAGGGGAAAUGUGAAUCUCAGCCAAGAACCAAGAGUUCUUCUACAACAUCUGAGCUUGUAACAGUACGUGCCGCUCCAUUACUGAGUCUGACCCUCGAUGUGGAGUGGAUGAUGCUUCUGUGGAGGGCUGUGGCUGCCCAGAAGGAACAUACCAAAACCAAGGAAACACCUGCACUCCAAAGACAGACUGUGAAUGCCACCAUCGUGGUGGUGUAA